AUGUCCUCCCUCUCUCGGUCAAUUCUCGUGGGCCGCUCGGCUGUUCCAUUCGUCUCCGCGACGUCUUCUAUGUCGACGAAGCCACGUGCUCACAUUGACGGACACGUACCAACACCAUUGCAGCAGCUAUCCGAGCAGGAGGUUUCUAUCGUCGACACAGUACGUCGAUUCGCUGUCAAUGUCAUCAAACCAUUGGUUCGUGAAAUGGACGACAAGUCGCAGAUGCAUCAGUCCGUUAUUACUGGAACCUUUGAGAACGGGUUGAUGGGAAUCGAAAUUCCAGAAAAGUAUGGAGGACCCGGCUCCUCAUUUUUCGAUGCUGUUCUUGUGAUUGAAGAGCUCGCGAAGAUCGAUCCAUCCGUCUCAGUGUUCGUUGAUGUACAAAACACUCUAGUCGCCCCAUUAAUUAUUCAACUCGGAAGUGAAGAGCAAAAACAAAAAUACUUACCAAAGAUCGUCAGCGAGGCUAUCGGAUCCUUUGCUCUUUCGGAGACCGGAUCUGGAUCUGAUGCAUUUGCUCUGAAAACCACAGCUAAGAAGGAUGGCGACGAUUUUGUGAUCUCUGGAUCCAAGAUGUGGAUCACAAAUGCCGGUCAUGCCCAAUUCUUCCUUGUAUUUGCCAAUGCUGAUCCAUCCAAAGGAUACAAGGGAAUCACAUGUUUCCUUGUUGAUAGAAAUCAAGAAGGUGUCUCGGUGGGCAAAAAAGAAGACAAGCUCGGAAUCCGUCUUCUUCGACAUGCUCUGUCCACUUUGAUAACGUACGUGUGCAUAAGUCGGCCAUUCUCGGAGAGAUACAAGUACGCAAUCGAAUGUCUCAACGCCGGAAGAAUUGGAAUCGGAGCUCAGAUGCUUGGAUUGGCACAAGGAUGCUUCGACCAAACGAUUCCAUAUCUUCAACAGAGAGAACAGUUCGGACAAAGACUUAUCGACUUCCAGGGCAUGCAACAUCAAAUUGGACAAGUUCGUAUGGAAAUUGAAGCCGCGCGUCUUCUCGUAUACAACGCUGCUCGUAUGAAGGAAAACGGACUUCCAUUUGUCCGUGAAGCCGCGAUGGCCAAACUUUUCGCUUCUCAGGUUGCGACCACAGCCACAUCGAAAUGCGUCGAAUGGCUUGGAGGAGUCGGAUUUACGAAAGAAUUCCCAGUUGAAAAGUUCUAUCGUGAUUCGAAGAUUGGAACAAUUUACGAAGGAACUUCUAACAUUCAAUUGAACACCAUUGCGAAGCUCGUGGAUGCUGAAUAUCAACACAAGGCAUAA